AUGAACCUAUCACAACACUUCAUCGGAAUGCAUAUUUUGUUCCUUGUGUCGAUACUCAUCCAAAGAAAUUUGGCUGGAUGUGCUAAAUCGAAGCUCGGGGCGCAAUGCAGUGAUUCGGAACACGAGAACGAUCCUGGAAGCGCUGGACAGGGAGUCCAUGAGCAAACACCCUCACCAGACCCCUUUAGUGGUGUACAAACUCCACUGCCGUCUACAAGGUUGGAAUUUAUCAUCGAAAAGAAUUUCAAUGUCAUGGGUGGAGAGGAUGAGUGUCAACAGACCUGUGGAGACCUUGUGGAGAAAUACCAGGAGGGUCGUUUCCUAUAUAAGUCUGGUUAUGGCCCUUUCACACAUGAUCGCUGUAAUCUUGGCUGGUUGCGUCUCGGAUGGCGAUUUCAGUUGACCCGCUUGCCAGCGAUCUUUCGGAAUGAGACAAUCGAGCCUUUCUUUUUGGAAAUCAACAAAGAAGUCGCCGGAAUGCAUAACACCGAAGCACUCAAAGAGCGCACUCUCGUCAAAUUGGGAAAGCUUGUCUCUGGACGGUUGAAUUCUGCGCUUGAGGAGCUCCAGGGAGAGUCAGAUGAGUUGACUUACCUCAGAGGCAAUGUGAACCUAUAUUGUCCUAAUUUGGAAUUUGAAGCUUCUACAUCUGCCGCGAACCAUCUUUUUUGUCACACAACGGAAACCAUGUCACUGGCAGGUCAAAUGACAGACAUGUUCAAGCAAGUGAUUGUAGAUCUGCUUCACACGUGGUUUGAGGCCUUCCGAGCAAGAAUCGCUGGAACACAGCCAGAUGGCAAUAAGCAAAAGGGUCAUGCUGGUCGGCAAAAAGACAAAGUGGUCCCGAGUCGCUGUAGCUGCCAGAUUGGCAUUGUUGUUGAGCACUUUCUACGAGAUGAAGAUUGUCUUGCAGCUGUCUUUGCCGGACUGUUUAUGCAAAACCAGUGGUCCCUUCGAGGACCCAACGACAACUACAUUCAAGAAAGUGUUGUCGACCUCUUCAUAGCCGGGAACGAACACGGCGAAUGGGAAAGAUCUAUCUCUAGAACGUCUCUCAUGGUUCGAGCUGAAUACUUCAGAAGUCUUUCAGCAGAGGUCAUGAGCCACGUGCUCAUCAGACCUUUGAAAUGGACGUCCACGAUGAUCCGGGAAGAGAUGGACAAAUUAUGGUUCAGGUCAUACACGGCAUACAUUCGCUGGAACAGGUUUGGGCAGCCGAGCAAAGCAUAUUACGCCUCGAUCGCCGGAUCAUACCCCAAUAAUCCUGUGCCUGCCCAAGACUUGGUGUAG